AGUCCGGGAGUCGAUCACAGCUUGACUUCCUCAUGAAAAACAACUUCUAUAAAGACUUCUUCAUGAACACAAACAUCUUUAAAAACUUUAAAUUGGCGCGUUCCACUUCAAUUUGGGCAAUCAACAGUGUUUAGAACUUAAUAAGGCACUUAAUAAAUAAAUAUUAUUGGGUUCUAAUGAAAAUCUGGGUUCCAACAACACUUAUCUUCGGACAAUCCCUUAAGGAGAACCCUUAAAAGAUCUUACAGCAACCUUUUUUUUCGUGGAGCGUGUUUCCACAUUUCCCACAUUUGGUGGAGUCUCUAUGGCUAUGGUUUCUAUAGCAACAACUCCCGCCGCGAGCCGUCCAAUAGGCAGCGCGCGCGUGAAAGAAAAAACGGCGAGCAGCGCAUUAUGGCAGCAGUACUUGGUGCGCGCGGGAGAGGGGAGCAUUUUGCUAUUUGCAUGUGCGCGGCGGUGUGAUUAGUGAGUUUUCAACAGCUAGCUUCUCCGCCGGUUUCCCGCUCCGACAUACAAGGGGGCACGAGGAAGUGUGUGCGUGUGUGUAUGAGUGUGUUUUCUUUUUUCUCCUUCUUCUUUUUUUUUUUUUUUUACUUUUCUUUUCUUUUUACUUGAAGCUGAUGAUGACAGAGGUCAGGAUCCGCUAAUGGGGCCACUGAAGACGAGGCACAGAGCAGAAACACAUACAUUACAUACACUAGAGUACCGUCAGCAUAGGUGCAUGUUCUCUCUCUCUCUCUCUCUCUCUCUCUCUCUCUCUCUCUCUAUCCAUUGAUUUGUUUCGUGCUCACGCGCUGCUGCGGAGUUUCAUUCCACUUUAUUUUGUCAAACCCUCUGUUUCCUCUGUGUCUCGCAGGGAUUUCUAUUUUCUACCAGUCACUUGGAAACUAUAAAAGGAAAGACAAAACUAUAGGAGAAAUAUUUCACUUCUUCGACGUCGCCUGCUAAUUUGGCAAAAAGCUCCAGCCGAGUGACGAGCUGCAGGAAAACAAAAACAAAAACAAAAAAUGCCUCAAAAAGAAUACUAUAACCGGACCACGUGGGAGUCUGGUGUAGCGUCCAUGAUGCAAAACAGUCACAGCGGGGUGAACCAGCUCGGCGGUGUGUUCGUUAACGGCAGACCGCUACCUGAUUCCACCCGACAGAAAAUCGUGGAGCUCGCGCACAGCGGCGCCCGCCCCUGCGACAUAUCCCGGAUUCUGCAGGUGUCCAAUGGAUGUGUGAGUAAGAUCUUGGGCAGGUACUACGAAACGGGCUCGAUCAGACCGCGCGCGAUCGGCGGAAGUAAACCGCGAGUGGCCACACCUGAGGUGGUCAGCAAAAUCGCCCAGUUUAAGAGGGAGUGCCCGUCCAUUUUCGCGUGGGAAAUCCGAGACAGACUGCUCUCCGAGGGCAUCUGCACGAACGACAACAUACCGAGCGUGUCGUCCAUAAACCGAGUGCUGCGCAACCUGGCUAGCGAGAAGCAACAGAUGGGAGCAGAUGGCAUGUAUGAGAAGCUGAGGAUGCUGAACGGACAGACGGGAGCGUGGGGGACCCGGCCGGGCUGGUACCCCGGAUCAUCGGUGCCAGGACAGCAGAACCAAGAAGGCUGUCAGCAGUCAGAUGGAGGUGGUGAAAACACAAACUCGAUCAGCUCAAACGGUGAAGACUCGGACGAGGCCCAGAUGCGACUCCAGUUAAAGAGAAAACUGCAAAGGAACCGCACAUCUUUCACCCAAGAGCAGAUAGAGGCGCUUGAGAAAGAGUUUGAAAGAACACACUAUCCAGACGUUUUUGCCCGUGAGAGACUUGCAGCAAAAAUUGACUUACCAGAGGCCAGAAUACAGGUAUGGUUCUCAAACAGAAGAGCAAAAUGGAGGAGGGAGGAAAAGCUGAGGAAUCAGAGACGACAAGCCAAUAACUCCACCAGUCACAUACCUAUCAGUAGCAGCUUUAGCACAAGCGUCUAUCAGCCAAUCCCUCAGCCGACAACGCCAGGUAUACAUCAAAUAAGUUUCAUCAUAUCCACAAUAUUGUGUGAAUUCACUCUCAUACUCAUUAUGGACACCAUAAUAUGUUACUUACAAUUGCUCUUUCCCGAUUACUUAAAUAGUGUCCUUUACAUCAGGCUCCAUGUUGGGACGGUCAGACACGGCGCUCACCAACACAUACAGCGCCCUCCCACCAAUGCCAAGCUUCACAAUGGCCAACAACCUGCCUAUGCAAGCAAGCCAGACCUCAUCCUACUCCUGCAUGCUGCCCACCAGUCCUUCGGUGAAUGGGCGGAGCUACGAUGCCUACACACCCCCUCACAUGCAGGCACACAUGAACAGCCAAUCGAUGGCCACCUCGGGCACAACCUCAACGGGUCUAAUCUCGCCUGGAGUGUCUGUACCAGUACAAGUGCCAGGCAGUGAACCUGACAUGUCCCAAUAUUGGCCCAGGCUACAGUGAAGGGAGCUGAGGAGUGCAGAGAAACAGACGCGACCUCCUGGCCUCUCUCAGCUGCAAGGCGAAGUGGUUCAGCAGUAUUUCACUACACAACAGAGAAGCGGCUCUAAAAAGGACCUGUGUUCUUUUGUAUGGGGAUAGUGCCACUUCUCUAGCGUUCUCUGGACAGAAAGACUCGAAGAAGCACUAAAAGAGAACAGACUCUGUGUAAAGUGCCCUGUGUUAUAUCGUUUAAAAAAAUGGAACAAAAAAAAUCUCUUUUCAGUUUCCAGUCAUUUUGAUGUAUUUGUAAAUGGCCAAUUGUAUGUUAUGACAUAAAAAGAAAUGAACAGCUGUGGAUGGACUGUUGAACCAAGUUGUUUCGCGUCCGUGGAAGGAGCAACAUUCACGCAAGCAUUUCUGACGUGCUUCUUUUGUUCCAUUAUCAGUUUAUAUCAAGGACUUCUGAACGUCUUUGUAAUGAUUGUGGACCUGUAGUAACAACAGUUUUGUUCCAAGGCAACCAUGACUACACACAGUUUACAAGAAGUCAAUUCAUUCAUUUCCAAAGCUUGCUGGCAAAAAAAAAAUAUAUGUGCAACGCUUUGAAUGCCGAAAUCAGAAAUGAAAAAGAAAAAAACAAACAAACAAACAAAAAAAAUACCUUUUGGUAAUUUUUGGUUAAAACAGUAGAUUGUGUCUUGGAUAUAAUUCAGUUUUGUUUCAUGUCGAAAUGUAAGUAUUUGUCUUCCCUAGAGGUCUCUCAGAACAAUUUCUAUAAUAAAAUAAAUUUCAUUUAUAAUUAUCUG